GUGCUGCAGCACGGUUGACCUAUUGUUGCUCUACAUCAUGUAUUUGCUGGACUCUCAAAAGCUGAUCGCCGCAGGGUUGGCGCUCAUUGACCUCGCGAACGUCGGCGAUUCCGUUGCGAAAGGCAAGGUUCUCGAUUACGCUGUCGAGAAGUGUCUGGAUAGCGAUGGAAACGUGCGCUGCUCAAAACCAUUCCCCGUCAAAGAGGGGUCUUGCUACACUCUCGAGUGGUCUACAGACGGAAAAAUCUCACACACAACCGUCGAGGUCCGCGACGCCGGUAGCGGCGAAAUGGUGUACUAUCGCGACACCAAUGGCGACUGGAAGCCGGAGAAGAACGAGCUCGUUUACCUGGACUUCAAACCCAAGAUAUGGAAGACGGGUAACGACACAGUGGAGUACGAAGUGAAGAACUGCGACGGCGAGGGCAAGGAUUUGUGAAGUGGG